AUGGUGGGAGGGGCCACUCCUGAUCCCUCGCCCAUCGCCUUCUCCUCCUCCUCCUCCCCUGCAACGGCCCCGCAAGCCCACCUCCCCUACCCCGCCUCGCUGUUCCCCUCCUCUGCCUCUGCCCCCUCUCGCGUCCCCACGCCUGGUUCGGUCACAGCUUCGGCUUGUGGUUCGGCUCCUGGCUAUACCCCUCCCUCUGCCUCUGCCUCUGCCUCCGCAACUGCCUCUGCCUCUGCUGCUGUUUUUUUCACUCUAGGAAAUCGCCUCUCUUCUCCGAGUGGUGGUGCGACCCCUGUCGCACACUCCCUUUCUCACUCCCUCCAUCACGGCUCCCUCCCCCGCACUCUUGCCGCCCAGCGCCGCUCCUCCUGGCCGAACAUCGCCGCCCACGUCGAGUCCUUCCCUUCACCUGGAGAAACACCAGGCUCUCGGCCAGCACCCUCAGGUGGUGCAGGGAUGUUAGCAGCAGCAGUUGGAGCAGCAGCAGGAGCAGCAGCAGCAGCAGCAGCAGCAGCAGCAGCAGCAGCAGCAGCAGCAGCGGAAGGAAAGGAGACUCCUGUUGCCUCUCCUGCCUCUGUUGCAGCCUCUCCUGCUUCUGUUGCAGCCUCUCCUGCUUCUGUUGCAGCCUCUCCUGCUUCUGUUGCAGCCUCUCCUGCUUCUGUUGCAGCCUCUCCUGCUUCUGUUGCAGCCUCUCCUGCUUCUGUUGCAGCCUCUCCUGCUUCUGUUGCAGCCUCUCCUGCUUCUGUUGCAGCCUCUCCUGCUUCUGUUGCAGCCUCUCCUGCUUCUGUUGCAGCCUCUCCUGCUUCUGUUGCAGCCUCUCCUGCUUCUGUUGCAGCCUCUCCUGCUUCUGUUGCAGCCUCUCCUGCUUCUGUUGCAGCCUCUCCUGCUUCUGUCGCAGCCUCUCCUGCUUCUGUUGCAGCCUCUCCUGCUUCUGUUGCAGCCUCUCCUGCCUCUGUUGCAGCCUCUCCUGCCUCUGUUGCAGCCUCUCCUGCUUCUGUUGCAGCCUCUCCUGCUUCUGUUGCAGCCUCUCCUGCCUCUGUUGCAGCCUCUCCUGCCUCUGUUGCAGCCUCUCCUGCCUCUGUUGCAGCCUCUCCUGCCUCUGUUGCAGCCUCUCCUGCCUCUGUUGCAGCCUCUCCUGCCUCUGUUGCAGCCUCUCCUGCCUCUGUUGCAGCCUCUCCUGCCUCUGUUGCAGCCUCUCCUGCCUCUGUUGCAGCCUCUCCUGCCUCUGUUGCAGCCUCUCCUGCCUCUGUUGCAGCCUCUCCUGCCUCUGUUGCAGCCUCUCCUGCCUCUGUUGCAGCCUCUCCUGCCUCUGUUGCAGCCUCUCCUGCCUCUGUUGCAGCCUCUCCUGCCUCUGUUGCAGCCUGCUCAUCUCCCGCGAGUGUGAACGCACCUUCACCUGCGUCCGUGCCUCCCACUGCUGCCUCUACUCCCCACCAAGCUUCUACUCCCCCUCCUCCUCCUCCUGCUGCUCCCUCUCCGAUUCCCCCUACUGCUGCAUCUGCUGCUGCGCAUGUUGCUCCUGCUGCUACUGCUCGUACGCCUGUUCCUGACGAUGCAGCAGCAGCCGCAGCAGCCCUCACGGAUUGCCUUGCUGCUGCUCUUGACCUGUCAGACGAUCCCCAUACCUCUCUACCUCUCGCCACCACAUCCCCUCGAGUGUUCCAUAGCCUUUCGUCCCCACUCCCCCGUUCACCUCCCUUCACCCAGACCUCUACCCGUUUCUCAAACCACGGUCAGCAGCAGCAGCAGCCACUUUUUGCCGCUCAACCCAGGCGCAGCCACCCAAGCCAGAACCGCGGGUCCGGCCCGGGCCUCCCGGGACGGCUCGGGCGAUGCAGCCACGCCUUGCGGAAUGGUUCGGCCAGGGCGCAAGCGGGGGUGGUCCCCCUAGGAACGGCCAGAGGCGAAGGCAGAGAGAAGGAACAGGGAGAAGAGAGCUUGGACGGGAAGAGGCACACAAGGGAAGAGGAGAGGACGACCAGGAGGGAACAGUCUGCUCUCUCCCAGCCUUUUAGUCCUGAUGGUGGUAGGCUUGAUGAUGGUAGGCUUGAUAGUAGUAGUGAUAAACAGAUGGCGCUUGUUUGCUCUGAUGUUGAGAGGCAAGAAGGAGAUUGGUGUGGUGAGCACGUAGACAAGAAGGCCCGCCUCCAUGCGAGCUGGCCAGAGGGCCAGCGAGAGAAACUCCUUCAGCAGCAACAGCAGCAGCAGCAGCAGCAGCAGCAGAAACGAGAGGAGAAAGAGCAGCCGCCGUCGGUGCCGCUUCCGCUGCCGCAGCAGCAACAGCAGCAGCACUGGCAGCAGCAGCAGCAGCAGCAACCCCUGUCUGCUGCUCCUCCCAACUCCCCGCUGCAACACCAGCAGCACCAGCAGCAGCAGCAGCAGCAGCAGCAGCAGCACUAG